AUGACUAGAAGGCUUCUAGGCUGUGUGUUUGGCCUCAUCUUGCUGGCUCACCCGCUGCUGGCGGACGACGCCAGUGACCAGGACCUGCCGCGGCCCGAGUUCACUAGUGCUGAGCGGGCCAGAAAGCUGUCGGCAAACGUAGAUUCGGGGUACAUAGUACUUCUCAACAGCAAAACUGUGGUUGCGUCGGCCUACGCGGCGUUCACAGCCGCCCACCCACGCAGCAGCUCGCUCGCCGCAGCCACCGCGUCUGAAGCAGUCACCUCUCUGGAGGCGGGCGCGGCAUCAACGCCGACUUCGGCCGCAGCCCAGGUGUCUGAUGAGGCGCAGAAACGGUUCAGCGAGCAUGCUGCCAUACUGCAGGAGGUCGUCGGCGGCGGCGCCACUUCCACCGCGCCGUUCUUCCCGCUCUCAGCGUCCGCGGCGCCCAGCAGCAGCGCGCGCCCUGCGGGGCCCCGGAUGCUGCAGCAGUUUGCGUACGUAGCAAACGGCUUCUCGGUGGCGGGCCUGAGCGAGGAGCAGGUGGCGCGGCUCAGGGCGCGCCCGGACGUCAAGUCGGUCACCCGCAACGCCUUUGCUGUCCCGUUGACCGUCACCACCCCAAACUUCCUCGGCCUCGCCGGCCCAGGAAAUGUGUGGGAGAAGGAGUUUGGGGGUCCCAGAGCAGCUGGCGCCGGCGUCCUGAUUGGCGUCAUCGACACAGGCACCACUCCAUCGUCGGUCUCCUUUGCGAGCGCCGCCGCGGGCGGCUCGCCCGCCGGCAGCGCAGUGAGCUACGACCUUGACAGCAGCGCGUGCUCCGAGCCGGGCACAUGCACCGCUGGCAAGCUGGUCGCGUGCCGGGCCUUCCAGCAGGAUUUUGUCGCCAGCUUUGCGGGCGACCCCGCUUACGCCGUGGACCCAAAAGAUCUCAGCAGCUGCACUGACUACAGCGGUCACGGCACCCACACGACGUCAACCGCGGGCGGCGACUUUGGCGUGUUGGCGGUGUCCAACCAGGCCAAGCUGUCGGAGGGCGGCAUGAGCGGCAUGGCGCCAGGCGCGGGCGUGGCGUCAUACAAGGCGCUCUGCAGCAGGUUCAUCACCGACAAGUCGAACAACGACACUUUCCCCACAGGCACUUCCGGCGACAUCGUGGCGGCCAUCGAGAAGGCGGUCCUCGACGGCGUCGACGUGCUAUCCCUCUCCCUCGGGUUUGGUGACACCCCAGCUUUCCACGGAAACGAGCCGCUGUACGAGGCGUUCAGGGGCGCCGCAGUCGCGGGCGUCUUCAUCGCUGCCGCGGCGGGCAACAGCGGCAACUCGGCGGGCACCGUGGAGAACAACCUGCCGUUCAUCACGACAGUGGCGGCCGGCUCCCACGACCGCGACAUUGUUGCCACGGCGACCGUCAACGGCGCAGAGUAUGUCGGCGCUUCAUCGACUUUGCUGCCGGCUGGGCCCGCGGGCGUCUACUAUGCGGGCGACGCCGACGCGACGGGCAGCCUCUGCAUCGGCGGGACGCUGACCUCCGCCGCGGCCGGGAAGAUCGUGCUGUGCAAGCGAGGCCAGAAUGACAGGGUGGCGAAGAGCAGGGAGGUGCUGCGCGCGGGUGGUGUCGGCAUGGUCCUUUUCAACGUGGCGGGCGGCCUCACCAACCUCGAGCCAGAUGUGAGCGCGCCGGGGGACCACUCCGUGCCGACCGUCCACCUCAGCGCAGAGGACGGCGCGGCCGUCCUCGCGUCCUACCUCGCCGCCCCCGCGACCUCCGUCGGCGCCGUCUCUGCGCGCCGCAUCGUGUCCACCAAGGAGGCCCCGCUGGUGGCCGCCUUCUCGUCGCGAGGGCCAGCCGCCGCCGAGAAGGGCGCGCUGCUCAAGCCAGACAUCAUGGCGCCCGGCGUGGCGGUGUUUGCGGCGGCGCCGAGGGAUUCGCAAAGCAACAAUACGGGGCAGACGCUGAGCGGGACGUCCAUGGCGACGCCGCACAUCGCGGGCAUCGCCGCCCUUAUCCGUGCCAAGCACCCAACAUGGGGCCCCAUGGCCGUAAAGAGUGCUAUGAUGACAUCAGCCAGCCAGGUCACAAACAAGGGCAACCCCAUCGAUGGCACACCCUUUGCUUACGGCGCGGGGCACAUUGACCCGGCGCGCGCCCUGAACCCCGGCCUGGUCUACGACUCCCAACCGAGGAAUUGGGACAUCUACACGUGUGCCGCCUCCCCCUUCGCGCGCUCUGCCGCCUGCAAGGCCCUAUGCAAGCCCGCCAAGCUGUGCUCCCGCCCCCAGGCCCUGCGAGACUUCAACACCCCAUCCUUCUCCUUCCCAAACCUCACGUGCACACAGCGCCGCGUCAAGGUCACUGCCAAGCGCACCGUCGCCUUUGCCGGCACCGGCGCGGCCACAUUCAGCGCAAAGUUCUCGCUGCCACCCCUGUUCACGGCGUCGGUCAAGGUGGCCAAGGUGGGCAGGGGCAAGGCGGCCGCUCAGACCAGCAAGACGCAGCUGCAGGUCAAGGCCGCGGGCGACAAGAGGGACUUCACGGUCACACUCGUGGCCGGGCCGAAGGCGCCCCUGGGCUGGAGCUUCGGCAGCCUGGUCUGGACGGACAGCGGCGGUGUGUACACCGUGCGCACCCCCAUUGCGAUUCAGUGCGUGUGA